AUGUCGAGUCGUCUGCGAGAUCCCUUCGCCUGGCCAGCGUUGGUUGAUCCGCAUAAUGACGACUCUCCUUCUAGCUGGUUGGUUGACGCCAGUAAUUCUGCUCUCCAGAGGAACCAACGUCUAUCCGUUACUCCUUGGAUUGAAGCCGUGAAUUUUCUACUGCGUCUUCCGGUAAUUCCAGGCAGCACCAUUGAAUGUUUGAUGGUUAAGCAAUUGGUCUAUGAUCUGUCGGCGUUGAGUCUUUAUCUUGAUGCUGAUGACCUGUUACGACCGUUUUCUUGUCACCGCAUCAAUGCGUCGAGCGGAUUAGUGUCUAGAGUUGCAGGAGCCUGGUUAACACUCCUGUGCAGUAAGAAGCUGUUGACGGAUCUGGUAACGGAUGAACGAUGCGCGAUUGUUCCUUUUUCCAUCUGCGUUGCCCGGUCAUCAUGA